AUGGCACUUGCAGGAGUCGAUGAGGCAGCAAUUGAUUUUGUUCAAAAGUUGCCAGAACGUGUGAAAGAUGCAGAAGCUUUACUCAGUGGUGAUUUAGAUAGAAUAUUGGAACGAGGUGCUUUGACUGGUCUUCCUGUUGGUGCUGUUCAACAGAUUGUUAAAAAUGGAUUCACUGUAGAAAGUGUAACACAACUUGCCAUGGAUGGGAUGAAAAUUGCAGGUGUAGAUCAAAAAACCAUUAAUCUAGUGCAACAGUUACCAGAACGAAUCAAAGAUGCACAAGCACUCAUGAGCGACAACAUCACUCAACUUGUUGCUGAUGGAAUGACAUUUCAGGGUGCCGAUCAAAAAACAAUCGAUUUUGUUAAACAAAUACCCGAACGUAUAAAGGAUGCAGAGACUUUACUCAGCGGUGAUAUGAAUAGGAUAUUGGAACGAGGCGCUCUUGCUAGUCUUCCCGUUGAGGCUGUUCAACAGAUUGUCAAAAAUGGAUUCACUGUAGAAAGUGUAACACAACUUGCCAUGGAUGGGAUGAAAAUUGCAGAUGUAGAUCAAAAAACCAUUAAUCUAGUGCAACAGUUACCAGAACGAAUCAAAGAUGCACAAGCGUUGAUGAGUGGUGAUCUAGAUAGAAUAUUGGACAGAGGAAUGUUGGCUGGCUUGCCUGUUAAAGCGAUUCAGAAUAUUAGGAGGGACGGCUUUUCUGCAAGUACCAUCACACGACUUGUUGCUGAUGGAAUGGUACUUCAAGGUGUUGAUAAAAAAACAAUCGAUUUAGUUAAACAAAUACCCGAACGUAUAAAAGAUGCAGAGGCUUUACUCAGUGGUGAUUUAGAAAGAAUAUUAGAACGAGGUGUUGUUGCUGGACUUCCCAUCAAAACUAUUCAACAGAUUGUUAAAAAUGGAUUCACUGUUGAAAACACAGCUCAACUCACCACUGAAGGCAUGACUAUAGCAGGUGUAGAUCAAAAGACUAUUAAUGUAGUGCAACAGUUACUAGAACGAAUCAAAGAUGCACAAGCGUUGAUGAGUGGUGAUUUAGACCAAAUAUUGAAACGAGGAAUGUUGGCUGGCUUGUCUGGUCAAGUUGUUCAAGAUAUCAGAAGAAAUGGCUUUUCUGCAAACACCAUCACUCGACUCGUCGCUGAUGGAAUGACACUUCAGGGUGUCGAUAAUAAGACAAUCGAUUUGGUUAAACAACUACCCGAACGAAUCCAAGAUGCUGAGGCUUUGCUUAGCGGUGAUAUAAAUAGAAUAUUGGAAAUAGGCAAAUUAGCCGGUCUUCCUCUCAAUGCUAUGCAACAGAUUGCUAAGCAAGGCUUUUCUGAGCAAACUGUUGCGAAACUUGCCGCUGAUGGCAUGUCUAUUGCAGGUGUGGAUCAGAAUACAAUUGAUUUUGUUAGGAAACUACCGGAACGAGUUCGUGAUUUACAGGCUAUAGGAAAUGGUGACCCGUCAGUUAUGUUAGAAUAUGCUGAGUCAAUGGGCCUUCCUGUCGAUGCAAUUAGGCUGAUUGCUAACAAGGGCUUUUCCACAGACAUGGUCACACAGCUAGCUCUAGAAAGUAUGACCAUGACAGGUGUCGACUCAAAUAAAAUAAAUUUCGUUAAAAAACUACCAGAACAAAUUAAGGAUGCGCAAGCACUGCUGAGUGGCGAUAAAGAUCAAAUAUGUAAACGUGGUAUGUUAGGAGACCUGCCGAUCAAUGCUACUCGCCAAGUUUUUGAACAUGGAGUUUCUCCAGAAACUGUUAGUCAAUUCAUUGCCAGUGGAAUGAGUUUGCCAGACGUUAAUCAAAGCAUGAUUGGCUUAGUCAGACAGCUUCCAGAACGAAUGAAAGAUGCACAAGCACUACUCAGCGGUGAUAUUAAUACAAUGCUCGAACGUGGUAUGUCGGCUGGUCUUCCACUCAAUACUGUUCAACAGAUUGUUAAGCAAGGCUUUUCUCCCGAAACAGUAACACAACUUGCUCUAGAGGGUAUGACUUUGGCUGGCGUAGAUCAGAAACAAGUAGAAUUUGUGAAAAGAAUACCUGGAAAAAUCCAAGGUGCUCAAGCAUUGAUCGAUGGUGAUCUAAAUGAAUUAUUAAAACGAAAUACGUUUGGUGGUGUGUCUAUUGAUACUCUGCGCGAAUUGGCUUCACAAAAUAACUCAGUAGAAAUCGUCAAACAAAUCGCUCUCACAGGAAUGGCAAUCGCAGAUAUCGAUGAGAAUUCGCUGAAUUUUGUUAAAAAGAUUCCAGAAAAUAUUAAAAAUAUGGAAAGAUAUCUAAAUGGAGAUUUGGAUCAAUUAUUCAAUAAAAACAUGUCAGGCAGUAUUAAUCAACUAUUGAGAAUGUUCAAUGAGAACUCAUUGUUCAGUGAUAAAGAAAAAGAGAUAUUUCAACUUGUUCGUCGUCAAAUGCCUGUGGUAGAAAACAUGUUUAAUGGUGAUGGUAAAGCUGUUCUUUCGAAUGCUUUAAAUACAUUGAAUAGACAAGACAAUAGUCUACGAGUAGGAGAGUUAUUAGAAGUUGGUCUACCAAGUGCUCUUCAGCGUGUAGCCGAUCGUGAGCAAGAAGCUAUUCAUAACUUAUACAAAUCAGCCUUAGAUCAACUCAAAUCUAUAAAUGGCGGCUUCAACGAACAGAAAAUUCAAGUAAUUCAACAGAUUCCACAAUCUUCUGACAAAUGGAAUACAUUCGAAAGAAAAAAACAUCAAUUGGAUGAUAAUAUUUGUAGAAUAUUAUGUCCAAUGGUUGAACGUGAAAAACGAUUCCGAGAAGCUUGUGAAAGUUUGGCUACAGGCGACUUAACACUUCAACAUUGUUGUCAAGCUUUAAAGAUGAAGUUCGAGGACACUCAAAAACGAGCAUCUGAUUUAAAAAGUGCAGUUGAGCGAAGUUGUAGAGAUGGUAAUUUUCUAUUAAAACAAGCGAUGGGCGAAUUGGCCGACGAAAUAAGUUGUCCUAAAAAUCAAACUAAAAGUCCUGAAAUGGUGAUGUUACUUAAAGAACAUUUUAAACAAACUGUUAUAGGACCAUUUGCAGAGCAGAUGGGCGAACGAGAAAUGGAUCUGAAGGAUACAGCUCUCGUUGAUCAAUUUACAAAUGCUCUUACCUACCUUCAAAACCAACAGGGUCGAACUAGAUGA